AUGUUACGAUCAAUAUCACGUGAGAUGUUAUGUACCAUCCAUCUAUCAUUUGGAUUCCUAUUUCUAUUUAUGGGAUUCACACCAACACAGAAUAUAAGUUCGGUUAUUCAUAAGAAUGAUGGUCCAUUUGGUCUGGCAUUGCUCUAUUUCUUCUUUGGAAUUGGUUGUUUCAUUUCACCAGUAUUAUCCAAGAAGAUUGGUUUGGUGAAAUCAUUGUUCUUCUCUGGCCUCACUUAUGCAUUGUUUAUAAUCAGUUCAACAUCAUGGCUCAACUUCUUCUAUUAUCCAGCAUCCAUGAUUAUUGGUCUUGGCGCGGCAGUCCUCUGGACUAGCCAGCCCACCUACCUAAGUCGCGCAGCACCUCUUUCACAAGUUGGAACUUAUUCAGCAAUUUUCACGGGUAUAUAUACAUGUGGCGGUAUCACAGGUAAUGCCUUGUCUGGUGUAUUUGCGCAACAUAACUUCUCUGUCAACUUGGAACUGGCAAUAUUUGGAUCAUUCAGUACGGUUGGAUCAAUACUUCUUGGUCUCUUGGCAUCCAUGGCACCAAAGACAACAGAGUCCAAUCACGACGUACGCCAAACCCUCAUCCACGUCUUCAAAUGCUUCAAAGAUACCAGAAUCCUCCUACUACUGCCUGUCCUCUUCCUCCAAGGUCAAACUCAAGGCUACUUCUUUAGCAUUAUACCAGUGUUGGUUGGAUUGCAAGAGACUGGAUUCGUGAUGGUCAUGUUUGGAGUGUUUGCUGUUGCCGGCUCAUCAAUUUGGGGCAAGCUACAUGAUAAGCUUGGAAAGAAGCCAAUGCUUCUGGCUAUGUUGGUACUACUUCCACUCUCCUUAACACUCUCAAGUAUCGGUCGUGAGAAGGCCAUCGUACUACCAUUCUACUUUGCCUCUGCACUCAAUGGAAUGUUCGACUCACUUCAAUCCAUCUAUAUCUUCGCCAUCAUCUCUUCAAUCUAUCCAACCAACAACAUCUCCCAAUACUCCUCAACAAGAUUCGUAAUGUCAAUGAGUACAGCUAUAUCAUACUUUGCAUUUAGGUUCUUGCCUUACUAUUUUGUGUUGCCAUGGCUGUUGGUAUUGUUGGCGAUAUCAUUAUCCACUCAGCUAUACCUUAUCCAUGCACUCAAGAAUCGACUGUCUGGCAGUAACAUCAACUACUCUGUCGAGUUGAUGCAUAGUACUGAUUCGUCACAUCUUCAUGACGAGUCACUUACAGAUGGCAGUAUGAUCUAA